UUGCUUGCUUCCCAUCAAGUGGUUUUUCUCCUCGUUCUAAACGUGUGGUCACACUUCUUUCCAAGAGCAUUGUACGCUGAGGACGUUUAGGAAUAUACGGCAGCGAAUCGGCGAACACAAAGCGUGCAAUGACCAGGUGAGAGUAACCAGAUUUGAAAAUAGUUAAUUAUUUAAAGGAAAAGGCUUGGUAGGUGCUGUCAGUCGUUGGGCACUGCCAUGGUACUAUGCAGGGAGCACAGGUGAUGAAGGUGGUCCUUCUCUUGGUAUUCUACUGCUACGGGAUAACUUCAGUGAAAGCCAAUUCCCCUCCCAGGUUUGCCCUCGACGGGGCAAGCGAGAUUGUGGUUAAAGUCCGAGAAGGACCAGACAGUAUUGGUAAAUUAUUGUACAGACUUCGUGGUGAAGAUGCUGACGGUGACAGGCUCAUUUUCGGUGUCGUUGGCCCCGUGGGGCAGGAAAUCUUACGAUUUGAAAGACUCGGCGCAUCGGAAGCAAACGUUUAUCUCAACAAAGAACUUGAUAGAGAGAUGGCCGAUUCAUACUCAUUGGUUCUCACACUUACGGAUGGCAGACUUGGAGAAGGACAGUUCAUCAGACAUUCUAUGCUCAUUAUAGUAGAAGAUUUAAAUGAUAAUGAACCUGUUUUUAAAUCUUUUAGAUCAACCAUUAAUGUCCGUGAGGACUCUCUUCCGAAAAUUUUAGAAACAGUUGAAGCCAUUGACAGUGAUGCUGGACCAUUUGGUCAAGUCAUUUAUCAGUUAGGUAAUGUAGAUAAAGAUACAUCGGAAACCUUUUCUGUACAAACUACUCAAGGGAAAGGUGUAAUUAAUCUUGUAGGUGCAUUAGAUUAUGAGAGAAAAGGACUUUAUCAGCUUAGAGUUUUAGCAAUAGAUCGGGCUAAUACUGGUCGUAGAAAUACAGCUACUGCAGCAAUUUUAGUAAAAGUUGAAGAUGUAGAAGAUCAACCUCCUGUGUUUAUUUCUGUUCCAUCUGUUACAAGAAUUCCUGAAGAUCUGCCUCCUAACUCUGCAGUGUUAUCUGUAAAAGCAGUUGAUGGUGAUAGAGGAAUAAAUAAUGCCAUUACAUAUCGAAUUUCUAAAGGCUCAAGAGGUUUAUUUUCUAUUGAUCGCACCAGUGGAUUAGUUAUUGUGAGUGGAAAGCUUGAUCGAGAGAAUACAGAUAACAGAAAUGGUGCAUUUAUACUUGAAAUUGAGGCUCAAGAAGUUGCUUUGGGUGUAUAUCCGUCUCCCAGCAUAACAACUGAAGUUACGAUUAUUGUGACAGACGUUAAUGAUGAAACUCCUACUUUUCUGAGCAGGCAAUACACGGCAGAAAUCAAUGAAAAUGCUGAAGUGAAUGUGCCAGUCAAUUUUUUAGGAUCAAACGUCGCUGAAGUAUUUGACCAUGAUCAGGGAAAUAAUGGCACCUUUAGAAUAUUUUUGGAAGGCGAUGAUUCUGUUUUCGAUGUCACACCAUCUGAAGGCGUAAAUGAAGCUUCGUUCCUUAUCAGGGUCAAGAACUCUUUGGCCUUAGACUAUGAAAGGACACGGGAAUUUAAUUUCAGGAUUGUUGCUCAAGAAACUGUUCAAGUAAUGCCAAAAUCCAGCACUGCCGAUGUCACUGUAUAUAUCAGAGAUGUAAAUGAUAACUUUCCAGAAUUUUCGGAAGAUGUUUACAGGAUGUCUGUUCCAGAAAAUGCUGAAGCUGGAACUGUUCUAACAACUAUCAAAGCUGAAGACAAAGACUCUGGUGAUUAUGGAACAAAAGGCAUUCGUUAUACAGACAUCAGAGGCCAGAUUGCCGAUAAGCUACAUUUAGAUCCAGUUACUGGUGUGAUUUCCAUAAAAAAUGCUGAUCAUGGUAUGGAUCGAGAGACCACUGCUCAAUAUUUUGUUACUGUUGAAGCUCGGGACAGCAAUGGCCUUGGGAAUAGAAACACAGUGCAGCUGGUUAUAUCAGUUGACGAUGUGAAUGAUAAUACACCAAGAUUCCUUCAACAAAAGUAUGAAGCUCGUCUCAAUGAGAAUGAAGAGAAUUUUUUAACACCUUUGAUUGUUCAGGCUCAAGAUGAUGACCUUAGGGGGUCAUCUAACAGUCAGGUUAGGUACCAAAUCGUUGAUGGUGACCGAAGUAGGAACUUCAGUAUCAAUCAGAUGACUGGUGAAAUCAGACCAAGAUCUUUAGUUGAUUUUGAGAGGAUGUCAAAUGAAAAAGGGGACAUUCGAACAUUCCAACUACGUGUUCGUGCGUAUGAUCUGGGCACCCCAUCUUUAUACAGUGAUGUUCCUGUUACUAUUUAUGUGCAGGAUGUAAAUGACUUUCCUCCGGUGUUUGUACAACCAUUUUACAGCAAAUCCAUCCCUGAGGACACUCAGUCUGGCACAUCAGUUGUUCAAGUAAAAGCACUCGAUGGGGAUCACUCCUCUUCAAACAGUCAAGUCGUGUAUCGAAUUCAAUCAGGAGCUCAAGAUAAAUUUGUGAUAGAUGCAGAUACAGGCGUUAUUAGUGUUGCUCGAGGCGCUAAUUUAGAUCCCGACAGAACCAUCCCCAAGUCUAAUUUUUAUCUCUUGGACGUUGUUGCACUUGAUGGUGGAAUUGGAACAGCCCAACAGCAAAGCAGAGUCUCGGUUAAUAUUUCCAUCAUGGAUGUAAACAAUAAAGCUCCUAAAUUUAUUGAUCCAAAACAAGCUAUUAUUUCUGAAGGUGCUAAAGUUGGAACCGUAGUUACAAAAGUAUCAGCUACAGAUGCUGAUGAAAGACCUGUGUUACGAUUUUCCAUAGAUUAUAGGACUAGUGAAGGAAGGACUGAAGAAGGCGCUUUGGUUUCUCCAACAGAAUAUGAUUAUAACAACAUAUUUUCAAUUAAUGCCGUUGAUGGUACUAUAACUGUUGCAAAACCUUUAGAUCGAGAAAAGUUAGAAACCAUAAGACUUGUUGUGAAAGUUGAAGAUUUGGCUGCUGCAACUCAAGGGCAAACAUCCAUGGCUACAUUAAACAUUAAAAUUGAUGAUGUCAAUGACAAUAGGCCUCGUUUUCAAAAACGUCAAUAUCGGCAAGCUGUUACAGAAAAUACCAAACCAGGUUCACCCAUAGUAACUGUUGUAGCUGAAGAUGCUGACAAAAAUCGAUCCCUCACAUAUUCCCUUCAAGGGAGCCCUGAUAUCAUUGGUUUAGUUGGUGUUGAUUUGAAAUCAGAAUCUACUGGCUUGCUGUGGCUUCAUCCAAUAACAGGUGAAGUUAGUGUCAGCAACAAAAUUGAUCGAGAAAUGUUUUCAUGGUUAAAUGUCACUGUCAUUGCUACAGACAAUGGUAUUCCUUCCCUAUCUGGUGCAGCCGAUAUAUUUAUCCAGGUUUUAGAUGAAAAUGACAACAACCCUGUAUUUGUAAGUAGUGCCACUGAUUUCUCUGUCUUAGAAGAUGCUGUAAUUGGAACUGAAGUUGCAUUAGUUCAGGCAACUGAUGCUGAUGUUGGAGAAUUUGGAAAAAUAACAUAUUUAUUAGAUACUUCAUCCACACAAGGGCGUUUCAAAAUCAACAAAGAAACGGGCUCAAUCACUGUUGCCUCACCUUUGGACAGAGAGGAAAAAGAUAUAUAUACUCUAGUUGUUCAAGCCUGGGAUAAUUAUGACUAUGGUUUUGCUACUGGUGAAAGCAGAAAAGCUUUUAAACAGAUUACUGUUAAAGUGAAUGAUGUCAACGAUGAAGCUCCAGUAUUUGUGAAGCAAGAAACUUGUGCUACAGUUACAGAAUUUCAUAGAAUCCGGGACACCAUUUUCAUGGUUUCAGCUGGUGAUGCUGAUGACCCAGUGACUCCCAAUGGGAAAUUGCAAUUUUCAAUUGUUGGUGGAAAUGAUGAUGGAUUAUUUGGAAUUGAAAGUCAGGAUUCUAACACUGCUAGAAUUGUUUCCCGCUAUUCUUUGAGAGGAAGAUUUGGAAAUUACAGCCUUGUGUUACAAGCUCAAGAUUCUGGAAACCCUCCAUUGCAUACCACAUCUCGUUUCCAUGUCUGUGUAUCAGAUGUCAAUGAUAACAGCCCAGUUUUUGUCAAGCCUCCUCAGAACUAUACAAUUCGUGUUCUUGAAAAUGCAACUCUUGGUAGUAGUGUGGUUGAAGUUAGUGCACGAGACGCAGACAUAGGGUUAAAUGGAGAAGUGAGAUACAGAUUUAAAAAAUUGGCAAAUGGUCAUUGGAAGGCAUUUAACAUCCAUGAGAUUUCUGGUUUAAUAACAGUACGAGAGCCAUUGGAUAGAGAAAGACAAAAAGUUUAUGAGGUGCGAGUUGAAGCUUAUGACUUGGGGCAGCCUACAUCACUUUCUACAGACUUGGACUUAACAGUUUUUAUUGUUAAUGUUGAUGAUAAUGCUCCAGAAUUUACAGAAGACGAUUAUGAAGUUAUGUUUACGGAAAAUUUAGAAGCUGGAAAAGAAAACUUUAAAUUAAUUGCUACAGUUGAUAAAGAUGAUGAUACUGGAUCUCGAAAGCCUAUUCCAUGCUAUUUUAUUGUGGGUGGUAAUCACUUUGGACGUUUUAAGCUAGAUAUAUUUACUCAUCAACUAUCUGCUACUGAAGUAUUAGAUCGUGAAGAAAGGCAAAAUUAUACUUUAAUUGUUCAGGCAUCUGAUGAUUGUUUUCAUCAACCUUCUCCAGUUCAUCGUUUUGAUUCCAAAGAUAAUUCCCUUCUCCAGGUUCAUAUUGGUGUACGAGACAUUAAUGACAAUCCUCCGAGGUUCAUCAAGAGAGUUUUCACAGGUGGAAUAACAGCUGAAACAGACUUUGGAACUGCAUUCAUGAUUGUUAAGGCUAUUGAUCUUGACAUUGGUAAAAACUCAGUAGUAACUUACCACCUACUUGGGGAUGUGCAGAUGACCUUGUCAGAAGGUUUGGAGUCAUUAAAGGUUGCUCCUUUCAUCAUAAACAAAGACACUGGAGUAAUCAGUCUUAAUUUUGAUCCUCAAAAGGGAAUGAAGGGCUACUUCGAUUUUGAAAUCCUAGCAAAUGAUACUGAUGGUCUCUUUGACAAGGCCCGAGUUUUUAUAUAUCUUUUAAGAGAAGACCAAAGAGUUCGUUUUGUGCUUCGAUUGACUCCUGAAGAAAUCAGAGAAAAGCUAGAAAAGUUUAGAGAGGUGCUGAGUAAUAUUACUGGUGCAAUUGUUAAUGUUGAUGAGACUAAGUAUCAUGAAAAUAGAGAUGGCUCAGUGGAUAAAAAGAAAAGUGAUUUGUAUCUGCAUUUUGUAAAUCGAGAAGACAAUUCAAUCAUGGAAGUUGCUACUGUAUUAUCAUUAAUUGACAAAAACAUAGAGUUUUUGGAUGAAUUGUUCAAGGAGUUUAAUGUAUUGUAUAGUGAACCUGCAGAUACAGCCGUAGCUGACACUAAUGUCGAAGCACAAAUGCGAGUAUGGUUAAUUGGUCUUGCUAUUUUCCUUGCCAUAAUGCUUGUUUUAGUCAUAUCCCUGUGUCUCACUCAAAGAAGCAGGUAUGAACGGAAGCUUAAAGCCGCUACAGCUACUGCAUUUGGUUCUCAAGACUCUGCUCUAAAUAGAAUGGAUGUCCCUAAUACUAAUCAGCAUUCUGUUGAGGGGUCUAAUCCUAUUUGGAUGCAUUCAUAUGACAAUGAGUGGUAUAAAGAAGAUGAACAAAUCAGCCAUAAUUCUGGAGACAAUAACUCCUUGGAUGAAAAUGCCAUUUCUGAAAUAAGUCCAAAAAAUGAUUCAAAAUCAGGGAAUGGUCUUCGAAAUCCACAGAUGUCUCCUGUGAAGCAUGCACCAGAGAACAAUUACACUAAUCAAAUAAAAAAUGGCUUGCGCAGGCCAGCUCCUAAACAUCCAAACUUUGGAGGUACCAACAUACCACCUGCAAAGAUAAUUGCACCAUCUAUUCAUAGCAAAACUCUUAAAAAUGGGAGCCAUAUCAUGGACUCAGAUGAUGCCAGUUCUGGCUUGCUAUCCCACGAUUCGGUGGAUACCAAGAGGCAGAACGACUUGAACAAAUGCAACGCUGUCUAUAGCUAUGAACAGAUUCCAAAGUUGAUCACGCCGCCGCACAUUACAAACCUGGAAACAUCCGAGUUGUGAGUGUUUAUAUUCAGUUUAUGUAUCAUCAUCAUGUUUCAGUCAUAAAUACAGUAUAACCCUGAUUUAACAACUGUCAAAGGACUGGGAAAAGUUAUUGUUAAAUCAAGGAUGUCGUUGAAUUGAGGAGCACAGACAUUGCAGUCAAAUCCGGACCUGUGAAAUGUGUCAUUAAAUUGAAAAUCGGGAAUAGAUUUAAUCAAGGUCGGAUUUGGAAGUGUGGAGGCCCCGGGGCAACGAAGGAUUGGAGGCCUUAGGUUCUGAAAGAUCAUCAUGUUUUCGAAAAUAUCCGAUACUUUGAUAUAUAUACGAAUAUUUCGAUGUAUAUGUAUAUAUCCUAUAUUUUCAAUCAGCACUUUAGUAAAUAAAUCCUGAAGUUACUGCUAUUUAUUUUUUUAUAUUAUUAUAAUUUAUAGGGGAGAAAAAACGUAAAAUUUGCUGAAAGUCAGGAUAUUUUGUAAAAAUUUUAUUGUGGGGGGCCCCUUUGUUGUGGAGACCUCGGGGCAGUAGCCCCGCCUGCCCUCCCUUAAAUCCACCCCUGGAUUUAAUGCUACCCUAUUUAACGAUUUCCUCAAUUUAAUAAUACAUUUCACUGGUCUGGAUUUGACUGCAUUGAAUCUCUACGCUCCUCGAUUUAACGAUGUUAUUUAACAAUAACUUUUUCCAGUCCCUUGACAAUCGUUAAAUCAGGGUUAUACUGUAUGAAACAAAAUUCAAGCUUUCAACAAAUGUUGGAAAUUCUUCAUCAGUAUGUGUAAUCCGUUAGUCUUUAAUUAGCAACAUUCAUCAUUACUGAAUGAUGCUAAAUUUCAAAGUAGAAAAGGUACAAAUCUGUUAAAGCAACUCCAAAACAAUUCAAUAUCUUGACAAAUUUUUGAAAUAUUUUUGGUCUAUAAAAUGGAUAUUAGGGCAUUAUUUGAAUUACAUUAUUUAAUCCUAACUUAAAGAAGAAAGUUAAUCUCUUAAAAAAUCAUUCAUUUAUUCCAAAUUAAUCAUUGUCAUUUGGCUGCGAAUUAAUGAAAGAUUUUUCCAUUAUGUAAAACGUGGCUAAUUUGAUUUUUUGAUUUGUGCCUGUAAUUCUUUUUAAGUUAUGCACUUGUCAUUAAAAAUAAUAUAAGUAAGCAUUUAAGAUGCUUACAUAUUCAAGCAUUUUAUGCAUUUAUUUAAGGAUUAUUUAAGCAUUGAUAAGUAUUUAAGCAUUUUCUUGCAUUAAAUGAAAGUUGCAAUUUAAACAGGUCAUGAAAUAAUAUUUAAAAGUCUGUGAAGCAAACAAAGUGGAUAGAUAGAUACAAAAACUUCAUAUUCAUCACUUUGACAUUAUCAGCAUUGGGAACAAUUAUUUAAAAUUUUGUGAAUUUGACAACUCCUUUGCUUCAAAUAAAUUUCAAUUUUUAGUUAAUUAGUUUGAUUCGUUUCCAAAUAAUGAAUAAUAGUUAAAAUUAAAAUGAAAAAUGAGCUUUAUGCUACAAUAUGAAAAUGAAUCUGAAAUUUUUC